AUGAAUACCGAAGAGUUCAGAAAAAACGGCAAACAAAUGAUCGAUUACAUUUGCAACUACAUGGAAAAUAUCGGUGAUCGUAACGUCGCGCCGCAAGUCGAUCCUGGCUUCCUGACGUCUUUGUUGCCCGAGGAGGCGCCCAGCUCCGGCGAAGACUUCAAACAAAUGUUGGAAGAUGUCGAAAACAAAAUUAUGCCCGGCAUGGUGCACUGGAACCAUCCAAAUUUUUUCGCCUAUUUCCCCAGCGGCAACUCAUUCCCGUCAAUUUUGGGCGAUUUAUUGAGCAGCGCAAUUGGCGCCAUUGGUUUCUCAUGGGCAGCCAGUCCCAGUAUGACCGAACUCGAGCAAAUCGUUCUCAACUGGUACGCGAAGGCGCUGGACUUGCCAAAAUGCUUUCUCAGCGAGGAAGGCAGUAAAGGUGGCGGAGUGUUGCAAGGCAGUGCCAGUGAAUGUGCCUUGGUUUGUAUGUUGGCGGCUCGAGCACGUGCAAUUAAAAAUUUAAAAAUGCUCGAUAACAACACGGAACGCCACGAAAGUCAUUAUUUGCCGCAACUCGUGGCUUAUUCGUCGAAGGAAGCGCACAGCAGCAUCGAAAAAGCCGCAAAAAUGGCACUCGUGAAACUACGGAUUCUAGAAACGGACAAACAUGGAGCGUUGAGAGGCAAAGUAUUGAAGGCUGCCAUCGAACACGACUUGAAAGACGGACUUACGCCAUUUUUUGUCGUUGCUACGUUGGGUACGACGUCGUCCUGCUGCUUCGAUAACUUGCGCGAGAUUGGAAAAGUGUGUAAACAAGUGAAAAGUAUCUGGUUCCACGUGGAUGGCGCUUAUGCUGGAUCCUCUUUUAUCUUACCUGAAAUGAGAAAAUUCAAAGAUGGACUGGAAUACGCGGAUUCUUUCAAUACAAACCCGAAUAAACUGCUUUUAACGAAUUUUGAUGCAGCUGCGAUGUGGGUUAAGGACUCGUAUCUCCUCACGAGCGCUUUGACAGUCGAUCCGUUGUAUUUGCAACAUGAACAUACAAGCGCCAUUGAUUUUCGUCACUACGGUAUUCCCUUAAGUCGUCGAUUCAGAGCCCUCAAGUUGUGGUUUGUGUUCCGGUCGUAUGGCAUCGAAGGUCUGCAACGUUAUAUCCGCAACCAUAUAAAGCUGGCGAAGCAUUUCGAGAAACUCGUGUUGGAGGACAAUCGGUUCGAGGUGCGGAAUGACGUCCAUUUGGGUCUCGUGUGUUUCCGCUUGAAAUGCCCGGAUCACAUAAACCGCGAAUUACUCGCACGGAUCAAUCACAGUGGAAAUUUUCACAUGACGCCCGCCAUGGUGAAGGGAAAGUACAUUAUCCGGUUCUGCGUGACAUACGAACAUGCCAAGGAGGAGCAUAUCGACUACGCUUGGAGCCAGAUCAAGCGCAUUGCCGAAGAUCUUCUCGUGGAUAAACCGCAAAAGGGUCUGAGUCGCACACUGUCUGCUCGGUAUUCCUUUACGAGAACCGUUUCGCGCGAAAUUUACGAACGGCAGUCCAGUAAGACGCAACUUACGGAUGGCGCGACACCUAUCGUCAUCAUUGACACGGAUUUUAUUCUCAACUCGUUGCACAAGGCGACGCUGAAUAAUCAACGGGCAGCGAAUGGCAUGGCGAGUAUAGAGUCGGAAAGUACGUCAGAAGCGUCGGGUGCUUCGUCGGAUGCAUCAACGGAUGAACAAUGAUCGCAAAAAAAAAAUUUUUUUUUCUUAAUUGAUGUGAACAGUAUUAUUAUGCAUACACCGUUUUUUAUUUAAUAUUAGCUAAUAUUUAUUCUUUAAGUUAUUUAUUUAAUUUUUUGCCAAGUCUCUCUUUGAUUUUUUCUCAUCAUGUACUUAAUGUAGUGUAAGAUAACAUCAUUUUUAGUAUUUAGAUAU